UAAUGUAACUAAGCCCCUGUUUAGUAGGCUAACAGGACACAGGGAAGGGCUGUGGCUCAGUGAUAGAGUCUGCUCGGCGUGCAGAAGGUCCCAGGUUCAGUUCCUAGCAUCUCCAGUUAAAAGGAAUCAGGCACUGGGUGAUGUGCAAGACCUGAAACCCCAGAGAGCUGCUGGCCAGUCUUUGUAGACAAUACUGACUCUGAUGGGCCAAGGGUAUACUCAGUAUAAGGCAGCUUCAUGCAUUGUGUCAUUUUCUUCUCAGCGCUGAUUCCUAGUCCUUUGGGGGUUCUGCCUGAUGAGAGGAUCCGAGGUGGAGCUGGCCAAGCUUUCCCAGAACAACAGGGGGGCUGGGCUGGUGUUUGGACCUCCCAGGAAAACUGUGCACUGCAUGGGGGGUUGGGAGGCAAGGCAGGCUCCCAGGGAAUCCACCAGGAGUCAGCAUCUCUCUCUGCAACAGCACAGUGGUAACUACAACUUCUGCCCUUCCUGGAAACCGCCAGCUGAUGAGGUACACUGGGUGCCUUUUGGCCUCUGUACCAGUAGCAAGAGGGAUGUUUGAGUUCAAGGAGGUGGGCGCUGCUCAACAACUACUCACGCUGGACACCGGGACCCUUAAACCAACUAAUCUCCCACAUUGUGGGAGUUGCAAAGACAUCCAAAGGAAGACGUGGUCUUCCUUUGGCACUAGGAGGAUGGGACGAGCGGAACGGAGCAGGGGCCAGAGGAAAACCGGCAGAAGAGAGACCCUGCUGCCCAGCGAUGGACCACAGAUCUCAGCCACAAAAGGGGGCCGGAGGCGUGCUGCUCUUGCCCUCGGAGCUGCCGAGAAGGUGCAGUGCCCGGUGAAUGCUGCUCGGGAGCGAAGCCGUGUGCGGACUCUCCAUCAGGCAUUCUUGGCGCUGCAAGCGGCACUGCCCACGGUCCCACCUGACACCAAGCUCUCCAAGUUAGACGUGCUUCUCCUGGCAACCAGCUACAUUGCCCACCUGAGCCGGACCCUUGAGCAAGGCCUCCCCGGACCCAGGAUAGCGCCAACAGUCUUCUUGCACCCUCUAAAGAAAUGGCCCAUGAGGUCCUGCCUCUAUGCCAGUUCCUGGACCGGAGGCAUCCCCACACCCACUCCCUUUGCUGUCUUUAGUGGGUGGCCCCAGCCAAGACUUGAGGCAAGAGGAGCAACUCUGUGACCCCAACAGUACCUCCCUCUGUAAACUGCACCAUUGGGGCUUUUGAUGGUGAUUGUUGUUUCUCUUCACCCUGUGGCAGGACUCUCGCUACACAAGGAAAUCUACAGGCCUUUCCUUGCCCUCUUCUUCCCCUCACCUGCUUGCCAGCUUCAGAGAGAGAGACCUCGCCUGCUUGCUUUGUGCCAGGUUUCCACCCCUAAGUUCUAGCUGCCCACCACUUUAAUGGGGAAGAGGGGUUGAACAGCCCUUCAGGGUUUACUGUCUCCAUAGCUUAGUCACAAGACCUAGUUUUGUUUUCCCAAUUAAAUGGGGAGUAGUUAGAUCACUGAUGCUUCCGUGGCUACUAAUCACACUGGCUUCUAACCAUGAUAGAUACCUCCUGCAUCUAGUAUGCCUGUAUAAAUCAGUUGUUGGGGAGCACGGGAAGAAGGCUCUGUGGCGUGGUGUAGUGGUUAAGAGCAGGUGCACUCCAAGCUGGACAACCAGGUU